AUGACCGUUCGCCACCGUCUCCUCCCAAUCCUCGCCGCAUUCUCUCUCCUCCCAAUCCUCGCCGGCUCAAUCGAACUCAUCACCGGAACCCAAUUCCUCACCGUUGACCAGACCCUGGUCUCCGCCGGCCAGGAGUUCGAACUCGGGUUCUUCCCCUCCGCCCGGUCGAACGGAACCCGGUACGUCGGAAUCUGGUACAAGAAAAUCCCCGAAAGAACCGUCGUCUGGGUCGCUAACCGGGACGCCCCCCUCCGGAACUCAUCGGGGACUCUGAGAAUCGAUGCCGGCGGCAAUCUGGCCCUCCUCGACGGGGAACGGUCAAUCUGGUCAACGGAUUACCCGGGUCGGGCCGCGGACGCCGUCGCUGAGCUUCUCGACACCGGAAACCUCGUCCUCCGCCGCCGCUCUGCUCCGGCGGGCGACUACCUGUGGCAGAGCUUCGACCACCCAACCGACACGCUGUUGCCCGGGAUGAAACUGGGCUGGGACGCCAAAUCGGGCCUCAACCGCAACAUCACCUCGUGGAAAGCCGCCGACGACCCGUCGACCGGCGACUACACCUUCUGGCUCAACAACAGCGGGUUCCCAGAGAUCUUCCUCUCGGACGGUCGGUCCGUGGUCUACCGGAGCGGGCCGUGGAACGGGCUGAGGUUCAGCGGCGUCCCCGAGAUGAACGCCAGCCCGCUGUUCUCCUUCGUGUUCGUCGCCGGGCCGGAGGAGGUGUACUACACGUUCCGGCUGAACGAGAGGUCCGUCUACUCGCGGCUGGUCGUCAGCCACGUGGGGGCCAUCCGGCGGUACACGUGGGCCCCGUCGAUCGGGCUCCGGUGGAACCUGUUCUGGUACGCGCCCAAGGACCAGUGCGACGGCUACAGGGCGUGCGGGGCCCACGGGAUCUGUGACGCGAGCGCGUCGCCGGUGUGCCGGUGCCUGACGGAUUUCCGGCCGAAGGACGAGCUGGCGUGGGGGCUGAGGGACGGGUCGGGCGGGUGCGUGAGGGAGAUCGAGCUGGACUGCCGGUCGGACGGGUUCGCGAGGAUGAGGAUCGUGAAGCUGCCGGAGAGCGGGGCGGCGGUGGUGGACCGGGCGGCGGGGCUGGACCACUGCCGGGAUAUGUGCCAUGGGAACUGCAAGUGCAGGGGGUACGCGAGCGCCAACAUCAGCGGCGGCGGAGAGGGGAGCGGCUGCGUGAUGUGGGCGGGGGAUCUGUACGACAUGCGGCAGUACGCGGCGGCGGAGGGCGGACAGGAUUUCUACUUGAGGGUGCCCGCCGCUGAUUUAGGUCCAAGAGAAAGAAGUCGAGACCUUCUAAUGAAUGCAUCAACUAAACUGAGCAAACGAGAACACUCGAGCGAAAAUGUAACAGACGAGCUUGAUUUACCAUUGUUCGAAAUCAGCACUUUAAUAACUGCCACAAAAACAUUCUCGGCCUCGAACAAACUCGGCCAAGGUGGCUUUGGCAGUGUUUACAAGUGGAUCGAUCAGGGUGUGCUGGAAGGUGGUCAGGAAAUAGCCGUAAAACGACUAUCGCAAAAUUCGGGUCAGGGAUUAGAAGAAUUCAUGAAUGAAGUGAAAUUGAUUGCUCGACUUCAGCAUAGGAAUCUCGUUCGUUUGCUCGGCUGCUGUGUAGAUAUGGAGGAGAAAAUGUUGAUAUAUGAAUAUAUGGAAAACAAAAGCUUGGAUUCUAUUUUGUUCAAGAAGGAAAAAAGAUCGAUGCUCGACUGGCCGAAACGUUUCGACAUUAUAUGUGGUAUUGCACGAGGGCUUCUCUAUCUUCACCAGGACUCGAGAUUUAGGAUUAUUCACCGGGAUUUAAAAGCUAGCAAUGUUCUUCUUGAUAAAGAAAUGCACCCGAAAAUAUCGGAUUUCGGCAUGGCUAGAAUUUUCGGAGGAGAUCAAACCGAAGCCAGCACAAAAAAAUAUGCAAUGGACGGCCUCUUCUCUGUAAAAUCCGAUGUUUUCAGCUUCGGAGUUUUGGUUUUGGAGAUUGUGAGUGGGACCAAGAACAGGGGAUUUUAUCAGACGAAUAAUGAGCUUAAUCUUCUAGCAUAUGCGUGGAAGUUAUAUAGAGAUGGUAAAGGGCUCGAGUUAAUGGACUCGUCGUUAAAGGGUGGAUCCUACUCACCGAGUGAAGUCAUGAGAUGCAUACAAGUCGGGCUUUUGUGCGUUCAAGAACAUGCGGACGAUAGACCAAAUAUGUCGAACGUAUUAUUGAUGUUAAGCAGUGAUUUUGGGUCCAUGCAAGAGCCUAAGCAUCCCGGUUACUGUUUAGGAAGACGGCCAGUUGAGAAUGAGUCAUCCUCGAGCAAGCAAGACGAUACGUGCACCGUGAAUGAAGUCACCGUGACCAUGCUCGAAGCUCGAUAG